AAUUGUGUGAAUGUUUCAUUCGCCUCACAAACAACCACAGAACCACAAGUGCGGUGCAAACUUUCUCCAGGAGGACACAGCAAGAAGCCUCUGGUUUUUAAAUGGUUAAUCUCCACAGGUCACCAGCAGCCACUGAGACCAACCAAGUCAUAUAAGGCUUCAAGCAGUCUUUGCACCAGAAGAGACACAGACUGUGUGACAAGAGAGGAGAGAGCUAUGGCAUCGAACAGUCUCUUCAGCUCGGUGACCCCUUGUCAGCAAAACUUCUUCUGGGAUCCCAGCACCAGCCGGAGGUUCAGCCCCCCUUCCAGCAGCCUGCAGCCCGGCAAGAUGAGCGAGGUCAGCCCGGCGGCGGUGGUGGCGGCGGCCGCUCAGCAACAGCAGCAGCAGCAGCAGCAGCAGCACCAGGAGGCGGCGGCGGCGGCGCCCCGGCUGCGCCCCCACGACAACCGCACCAUGGUGGAGAUCAUCGCCGACCACCCGGCCGAGCUGGUGCGCACCGACAGCCCCAACUUUCUCUGCUCCGUCCUGCCCUCCCACUGGCGCUGCAACAAGACGCUCCCCGUCGCCUUCAAGGUGGUGGCUUUGGGCGAAGUUCCCGACGGGACAGUAGUCACGGUCAUGGCUGGGAACGACGAAAAUUAUUCCGCAGAGCUGAGAAACGCCUCCGCUGUCAUGAAGAACCAAGUGGCGCGGUUUAACGACCUGCGAUUCGUGGGACGGAGUGGAAGAGGGAAGAGCUUUACAUUGACGAUAACAGUUCUUACGAAUCCCCCCCAAGUCGCUACAUACCACAGAGCUAUCAAGGUGACAGUGGACGGACCACGGGAGCCAAGGAGGCACAGACAGAAGCUUGAUGACUCUAAACCUAGUUUGUUCUCUGAGCGCCUCAGUGAUUUAGGGCGCAUCCCUCAUCCCAGUAUGAGAGUAGGUGUCCCGACCCAGAGCCCACGGCCCUCUCUGAACUCUGCACCAAGCCCUUUUAAUCCACAAGGACAGAGUCAGAUUACAGACCCCAGACAAGCACAGUCCUCCCCUCCAUGGUCCUAUGACCAGUCUUACCCGUCAUACUUGAGCCAGAUGACUUCACCAUCCAUUCAUUCCACAACUCCCCUGUCCUCCACACGAGGCACGGGGCUUCCUGCCAUCACCGAUGUGCCCAGACGGCUCUCAGUCUCAGAACCCAGCACCCCGGACACACCCUCUGCCACCGCCUCCCCGUCAUCUUCCGAAGAGCCCACCCCUCUCACAGCCCCCUCCUCGCCAUCCCCCACUUAUGACUGUGAUCCCCCCACCUUCUCACCAAAUCUCUCCACCUGCACCAUGGCCUUGAAUCCCGAAAUCCCACCCCGGACAUCAGCCUCUGCUGCACCGAACCCCUCAUCGGCGUCCAUCUCAACCCUUCAGCCGGGGCUUCCUUCCGUGCUUCCACCUACUGCCGCCACUGCCACGGGCGGCAUUUUCUCACCUGCAGGGGCAGCCAUUUCCCCUAGCCCUGCCCCGCAUCUUAUUGACUGGCUUCCCUACCUUGCUUCUGUGAUGACCAAUACAUUGCGGGGGAAGGAAGAAGAACAACCACUGACUGGGACGGGCCUCGGGGGAAGCGUGAAGAGGUGCGGCAGCUCCUGCCUGCCCACACUGAGUGAGGGGGCCAGCCUUCAAGCCAGCUUUAUCAAGCAGCAGCCGCCGGAAUCCGUUUGCUCCCCUCCCCCUUUCCCGGACCUUCCUCCGCAUCCCGAACAGGCCCCUGUAACCCUGGGGGACAUCCUGGCCGAGCUACAGACGAUGAAUGGCCACCUUGCGAUCAUCGCAAGGGCACUCAGCCACCUGGCCUCGUCCUUAGCACCCCAGCCGGAUUCUACAAACACUUCAGGUUUGUAAGGGACCAAUUCCUUUAGGUAGAGUUGCCAGUCUCCAAGUGGAGCCUGGAGACCCCCUGGAAUUCCUCUCCAGACUACAGAGUUCAGCCGCCCUGGAGAAGAUGGCUGCUUUGGUGGGAGGAGUCAAUGGCAUUAUACUCUGCUGUGUUCCCUUCCCAAGUCCCGCCUUCUCCAGGCUCCACCCCCAGAUUCCCCAGAAAUUUCUCUCCCUGGAGCUGACAGCCCUACUUCUAGGCAUCCUGAGUGAAUAACAUCUUCAGUAGACUAUUUGUGGGAAGGAAGAUAACACGGAAGGGACAAAUAGUACAAAGGUUUGAGGGAUGGCCGGGGAACGGCUACAUUGUUUUUCCUGCCUUCUUUUUCUAAUUCUGCUGAAAUGCAGAUUUGAAAACAGUUAGCGCUGGUGUCAAUAAAGUUGUUUAUAUUUCUUA